UUCCACUCACUCGUGAAAUGUCAGCUAUCGCAAGAUACCAAGAAAACGUAACGGAAACACGUCACACUUCCCAUUUCUUUUAAGCGAAGUACUGCAGCAUGACCCUGAAAGAGUCAGUUGGCUGUGUUUUUGGAUAAGGAGCCCAACAAUCAGGGGUGGAGUGAAGGAAGGUCAAGGGCUUCAAGGACCUCGUUGAUUUACACCGACAAGCCAACGAGCGAUGAGUCUAUGUGGAGUUGUGCUGCUGUGUAUUGUGUGUAUCCAUCAAGUGCGCAGCAGUGAGGAAUCCAUCACUAGUUACAGCGGACAAUCAGUCAUCCUGAAAUCUGGAGCGGACAGAUCAUGGAAUCUCACCAGAGUUCAGUGGUCCGUUUAUAAGAACACCACAUUCAUUGCGAGUCUAAAGGAUGGUGACGUGAUUAUAUACAAGUUUUGGAGAUAUCAGGGUCGACUUCACCUCAACAAUGAAACGGGAGAUUUAACUAUCCGUAAUGUGACAGUGGAGGACAGUAUGACAUACAACGUGGCUUUGCUCACCUCAGGUGCCUUGCGAAUACAAAAUAAAGUUCAUCUCACAGUUCAAGAAAGUAUCAAAACACCAGACAUCCAGAAGACGCUUCAGUCUCUCAGUGACAGCAAGUGCUACAUUGCCCUUGAGUGCAUUGCAUCUGGCCAAAUUGUGAAUUUGUCUUGGACGCCUGAUGGCGAGUUCAACGGAUCCUACAUUUCAGGAAUCCCAAACUCUGCUGACUCUUCCCUAGUUCUUUUCGCAUCAUUUAGUGGCAACAGAAAGGUGACGUUUAACUGCACUGCCUCCAGUGGUCAACAGAGAGAGACCAGGCAAAUGACAGUGGGAUGUUCAGAUGAGAAGCAGAAGUGUGAAGUCUCCACCGUUUCCUGUUCAUGCACUUCCUCUGUGAUAUGGAGUAUUCUGUUUACAGCUGUGGUUUUAGGCUUAGCAUAUGCACUUACAAAAAAUAAAGACAGAAUUAUUCCUGCCAGUCGUGAAGCCUACAUCCAUUUCAUCCAGAAUAUAAGCACCACCAGUUUCAGUCCUGGCUCCCCCGGUGUUCAAGGGAAACAAGACGCGGCGUAAGAAGAAGAAAAGUUCUCUUGCAUAAGGCCAUACUUUAUGAAAGGGAAUAUCUGGCUUUAUGUUUGACAGAUUUUAAGAAAUUUUAAGAAAACAAUGUGCGGAGAUUGUGAGAUCAUUGGAUCCGGUCUGUGAAACGUGUCAUCUGUCACCUGUGUGAAUGAGGAUUUCUGGUACUUUACAAAACCUUUUCAGAGAUACAAAAAUGGAUGUUGUUUUCAAAAUCCAUUCAGCUGAAAGAUCUGAAGGCUUGUGCUCCUUCAGUUUGAAUGCACAUGAUACUUCUGGUACUGAUGGCUUGACUCAGCAUGGCAGCUAUUUUAUUUAAUAAAUUUUCUAGCUUCUUUGUUCAAAAA